CAUUAAAAAUGUCCAAUCACACACCCAAUACUACCCCAUUUACCGCCUCCAAGCAUCAGCUCUACCAGCAGCUGCUCGGGUCUUCGGGGAGCUACGAUAUUUUCAAAACUAGAUCUGCGGUCCGGAUACUGGCAGAUAAGAAUGGCGGACAAUUCUGUUCACAAGACUGCCUUCCGUACUCGGUACGGAUCGUACGAGUAUUUGGUCAUGCCGUUCGGACUCACCAAUGCACCUGCAACAUUCCAAGCAAAGAUGAAUCAUAUCCUACGCCCACUCUUGGACGAAUGCGUGGUGGUGUACCUGGACGACAUCCUCAUCUGCUCGCGCGACAUGCAAUAACACGUCGAGCACCUACGACGCGUCUUCGAAGUUCUUCGACGAGAACGCUUCAACGUCAAACUAUCCAAGAGCGACUUCGCUCACGAGAAGGUCCAAUUCCUCGGACAUAUCGUAAGCGCUCAAGGAGUUCACGUAGACCCCAAGAAAAUCAAAGACGUGCGUACGUGGAAGACACCCGAGAACUCGUGGAGCAGCUGAAACAAACACUCACGUCUGCACCCGUACUCAUCUUGCCAGACCCCGAACGCGACUACGUCAUCGAAGCUAACGCCAGCGACCAGGCAGUGGGAGCAGUCUUGAUGCAGGACCAGGGGAAUGGACUGCAACCAAUCGCCUACCUCAGCAAGAAACUACAUGGAGCAGAACUCAACUACCCGAUACACGACAAGGAGGCCCUUGCUAUCAUCAUUGCCUUCAAAACGUGGAGAUGUUAUCUCAAAGGACGCAAGACGACAGUCUACACCGACCAUUGCAGCCUAAAAUAUUUGAAGACACAACCAAGCCUCUCCAGGCGGCAGGUCCGGUGGACUGACUUCCUCGAGAGACACUUCCACUACGAUAUCGUGUACAAGCCCGGCCACAAAAACAAAGCAGACGCGCUUAGCCGGCCUGCACACGUUGCCGCCAUCCAAGUUGAAGGGAUGAAUCCACUCCUCAAGGGACUCUUCAUACAGGGGUAUACCAUCGACCCAGAAAUUCCCUUGGCAGAAAAAGGACAUCUGCUACAGUGGGACAACGACAUCGCGUACCGGAAAGGAUCAAUGAAGAUCUGGGUACCUAAUUACCCUCCAUUGCGCCAGUUACUUCUCGAAGAAUACCACGACGUCCUAUACGCGGGGCACUUCGGUAGCAACAAAACGCUCACCGGUAUCGCCAAACACUACUACUGGCCCCACAUGGCAGAUGACGUACAGAAAUUCGUCACCUCAUGCACUACAUGUCAGCCGGUGAAGAGCAGCAAGCAGAAAAAGGCGGGACUGCUACAGCCUCUUCCUGUCCCAGAACAGCCAUGGCAAGUGGUCAGCCUAGACUUCAUCACGAGGCUACUAACUACCACGAGCGGACAUGAUGCGAUCCUCAUCGUCAUUGACAAGUUCUCCAAAAUGGGACACUUCAUCCCGACACACACGACAGCACGCACCGAGGAGACGGCACAACUCUUUUUCACCAGUAAAUUCUGGAAAGAACUGAUGUCUCUACUCGGGACCAAACUCGCCAUGUCAUCCGCCUACCAUCCGCAGACAGAUGGACAGACCGAGUGCCUCAACCAAAUUGUGGAGCAACUCCUCCGUGCAGCCUGCAAGGACGACAUCUCCAAAUGGGACUUGCAUCUGCCCGUCCUGGAGUUUGCCUACAACAAUGCUACUCACGCCGCUACUGGACAGAUGCCGUUCUUCCUCUGUUACGGAUGCCACCCACUCACACCUCAACAACCAACCAUACCAGCCACAAUGCACAACGCCUUCCAUGUCCAACUCUUGAAGCCCUACCGAGAUCCCAACACGGUCUUCUCUGGACGCCAACUGCCGCCGCCGCCGCCCGUCCUCGUCCAUGAUGAACCCGAGUACGAGGUCGAGUCCGUGCUUGCUCACCACCAUCGACGGAAUGGCAUCGUGGAGCUUCUCAUUCGUUGGAAGGGUUAUGAUCCUUCAGAGGAUAGUUGGGUCUCUGAAUCCGAGAUGGAUCACGCUCGUCGUCCUCUUCGCGACUACCUUGUGAAGCAGGAGUAACAUAUUGAAUAGAAUGAUAGGUACAAG